ACGGACGUCUCGACAAACUGUAGAAAAGCAUUUAAAAUAUUUACGAGAAAAAUGUCGAAAAAAUCUCGUGGACGCCGUUAAUAAAAUAAGAUCACCAUUUAUAAAAUUAAAAAAAUAAUACAAACAAUGUGAAUGAAUGUGUUUUGAAAAUCGAACGUAAAUAAUAGAGUUUCGAUAUUUGUUUUUUAAUUAAUUUAUUAGUUUUUAGUUUCGCGCGCGCGCGAAUUUUAAUUAAACGUCAAAAUGACAGUUCGAAAGUGGUUCAAAUUUGGAAAAUCGUUGAGGAGCAGUGAUGUGAAAAUGUUGUUUUUGAUUUUAGUGACACUAUCCGUAUUGGACAAUUUGCCCUUAUCCUGUAAGGGCGAAGAAUAUAACAGAGAAUCAAGAAAACUCUUCGGCGGGUACAGAAUAACCCCAACCUACUGCAAGGCAUCGCGCGCAGCAAAAUACAAUAGAGGCAACACCAUAUGCAUGUUCAACCAUGAAUGCUACCAACGAGGUGGUGAAGUGGUCGGAGCCUGCAUGGACGGUUUUCUCUUCGGAGCUUGCUGCCAACUUAAAUCAGACAGCCAGUCCCACAUACCUAAAGGUCCAGGUAUCGUGAUGACCAGUUACUUAGACUACCCAGACGCUACGGAAGGCGAUGAUUACGACGCUGAAGAACUAAGUGCUCUUCAUAACAGUUUCAAACCUGUAGUCACUCCAGGGUAUAGACCAGCUGAUAAAACUGCAGCUACUACUCUUAAACCAGAAGAUUUGAGCACAGAAGCCGAACAUGAGCUAAUUUCCGAAGGUCUUACUCAAAUUACUAAUACUUUGUUAAGUUCUCCACCUAAAGAUAGUAAUGGAAUUAUCUAUAUGAAACCUAAACCAGAUUAUUAUACCCACAGCAGUAUAGACCAUGGCGGUCCUGAUACUAUUCUGGUUCAUACAAACGGUUCUGUUGUUGAUAACGUUGUUAGGCCUUCAGAUUUCAAUAUACAGCUGUCUUCAAUGCAGACGAAACCGACUGUCACGCCUAGCACUUCGACAACAGAGCCACAAAGGACUGUGUCUACUCAUAGACCUGUUAAACCAAUCUUUAGACCGAAACCUGUGACGUCAACGGAGAAAUAUGUCCCAGUAUCAACAAUCACCACCAAAAACACACAGAGAGUUCCAGAGCUAUCGUCCAUUAAUAGCAUAAUUCAAAUGCUUAAUGACAGUACUCCAAGUAUGAAGGAAGAUGUGACGCCAUCAAUCGAUAUUAUGGAGACGAAAUCAUCUCCAUCUCCUUCAUAUUCCUACACUUACCCCAGCUUUUCAUCCACUGGACACUACGUCACUCUCAAACCAACUUCUCUAUCAACGUAUAUAACUAAAAAACCAACAACGCCAAGCAAGAAGCCAUCGUAUGACUACGUACAUACGACUCCUAAUAGCUUGCCGCAGGAUGAUAAGCCGACGUCUUACUAUUCCUCGCCUAGUCCUAGUCAUUCCACUAGUCAAGCUAUUGAAGCUUUUAACAGAUAUCCUACGGAUCCUACUGAUUUUGGAGACCUGUCUACGUUCAGCUAUGUCAGUUCCACCACUACCCAAAGACCGACAACCACCAAAAAGCCACCAUCAACGAGCUAUGUCACUGGUGCCAGCCCCAUCAGAAGACCAGCGUUACCAUCAAAUGUAGUGACUUAUGACGCAGUAGACACCUUCUCAAGCGUCACACCGACUGUCAUAGUCCUCAAUGACAUACACACCACGAAAACGCCAUUAGACGCAGACGAACCACAAUUCGUUGAAAUAUCUCAGGAGCCAUUCAAAAAGCCUGUAAGCCAUAUCACCGUAAACAAUCAUAUCGCAGCUACUAACAAUAUUUAUAUGGGUAAACCACCGACUACAUCAUCUCCUACCGUUGUUAUAACUCCAAAACCUGGUUUAACGACUCCUUAUCCAAUAAAGGGAUCAAUAGGGACUAGACCACUUCCAAUUUUGACCAGCCCAGUCAUGGAAUUCACUGAGGCACCAACGACGAACAAACCAGAGAUGCAAACAUCGCCAGAUGAUUUAAUAAACUUCCCACCAGUCAGAAAUCCAAUGCUGAACGCUACUGGCUCAAACCCAGCACUAUACAACACAAGUAUUUCGCUAUCAGACAAUGAAUUGGACAUUCUACACGACGUAGAAUUCACGACACCAACGUGGCAGAUGGACGAUAAACUGAACGAGAAAAUGAAUGUUUUCGUCAACAAAAUCGUUGGUAAUCUACAAGGAACAUUCCAAGAAUUGCAUGAUAUAGUAAUUCUUGGAAGAAAACCGAACGACACGGCUACAAAAACGACGACGGUGAAGCCUAAACGGACUCCACCGACGACAAAGAGGCCAUUUUUGACGACAACAAAGAGGCCAGUAAGGUUGACGACAGCGAAGGUGACGACACGACGGCCAACGGUGAAGACGACUAAGAAGCCGGUACGGCUGACGACGCAGUAUCGACGGCCUACCACAACGCAGCCGCCGACCACUACCGCCCCGCCUACGAAGAAACCGGUAACUACCACGAAAAAGCCGAAACCAACGAAGAAAGUGACGACAACCACUCAAGCCGCCACGACCACCACCGAGCUGGCUGACGAGGUGACGACCGAGAAUUAUGUCGAACGACCUAUCGAUUACAACGACAAGAAUUUAUGCGGCGUACGUCCCCUGGCCAAAACCGGCCGUAUAGUUGGCGGCAAAAGUGCCAACUUCGGUGAGUGGCCCUGGCAGGUGCUGGUGAGGGAAUCCACGUGGCUCGGUCUCUUCACCAAGAACAAGUGUGGAGGAGUCCUUAUCACCAACAGAUUCGUCACCACCGCUGCCCAUUGUCAACCUGGAUUCCUAGCCUCCCUUGUAGCGGUAUUUGGAGAGAACGAUAUAUCAGGAGAUUUUGAGCCUAAGAAGCCAGUAUCAAGGAACGUGAGGAAAGUCAUCGUCCACCGAUCUUAUGAUGCUGCUACCUUCGAAAAUGAUCUUGCUUUAUUGGAGUUGGAGUCGCCUAUCAAGUUUGACGCUCAUAUCGGUAAGGUGGCGUCCCGCCGUUCGUCAUCAUCGUCUUACAUUUAUUAUCAUCCUUCUAAUAAUUUCCAGGUACCAGUAAUAGAGAACAGUGCAUGCCAGGACAUGUUCCAGACAGCUGGUCACUCAAAGAAGAUAUUGAACUCCUUUAUCUGCGCAGGAUACGCUAACGGACAGAAGGACUCAUGUGAAGGUGACAGCGGUGGUCCCUUAGUUCUUCAGCGAGAUGAUGGAAAAUGGCAACUGGUUGGAACAGUCUCCCAUGGAAUCAAAUGUGCAGCGCCAUUCCUACCCGGUGUUUACAUGAGGACCACAUACUAUAAACCAUGGUUAAAGAGUAUUACAGGAGUCCAUUGAAUACCGAACUUAGUUUGAAUAAAUUAAUUUGAAUAAACGGAAUUGAAUAAUGAAUGGUGAAUUUUUCAGAAUGAAUAAUUUAUUUGAUGAUGAAUAAAUGUUUUGAGUGUAUGCGAGUGAAUUUAUUAGUUGAAUUGGUUUACGAAAUGGAUGAUUUUUAAAUAGAUAAAUUUGAGUGUUUGUGAAUGAAUGUUUUGUUAUUUAUUGUACUUGAAAGUGUGUUUACUUUUCAUUUUCUUUUUGUUUUAUUCAUGAAAAGAAAUUUAUGAAUUAAUUCACGCCUUCUUAA